AAAAUAAAAAUAAAAAAGAGAGAGAGAGAGAGAGUGAUUUUGUAGGGUUUACAUAUAAAACUGAAAUAUUGGAACAAUCUCCUCUUCUCUUCUCCAUUGCCAUUUAUCUCCUUCAUUCCCUCUGCAAACCCUAAUUUUCUUUCCUCUGUUUUCUUUUCCUAAGAAACUGGAAACAAUAAAGAUAACUUCAAAAGCUGUGGCAAUUCACCUUUUGUACGAAACCGCAGAGGUAAAAAUCAGCUGAUUAAAAAUGGAGAUGAGUCAGCUCGAUUCCGAUUUGCGUCUCCCUCCUAGAAAACGAUUACUUGCUGGUUACAUGAAACUAAACGGCAUCGGAUCUUCUUCUUCCUCCUCGACGCCUCCUUCGCCUGCUUUCCCUUCUUCUUCCUCAACUUCGAACUCAAUCGGAUCGUCAUCCUCCUCUGCUUCGACCUCUCGUUUCCACAGCGUCCAGAAUCAGUCACCUGAAGAGCACGUGGAGGCUGCGAGAUCCGCUGCUGCUUCAGCCCUUAAAGCUGCAAAGGCGGCUAGGGCAUUGGCUAACGAGAAGGCCUUGAUCUCCUCAAAGGCGAUUGCUGCGGCCAAGAGGGCACUUGAACUUGUUGAUUCUUUCCCUAAAGAAGCAAUGGCUGCUGAUUGCAAGGAGAAGAAACAUGUCUCCCUAGACCACUUGUCUUCAAAGGGAGAGCUAAGAAGGUACGAGGAAACAGAGGAUUUAGCGCGUAGGUUGCAGCGAGCUAUCGACAGAAGGUACCCUAAAGUCUUGCGAGCUCGCGAGGAGAAUGAUGGUCAAAUAAACAAGAAGCAGAAGAUGAACAAGACCGUAGUCGAUUCAGACAGCUCGUAUGACGGGUUAGAAUCAUACAGAACGUUGAAACAUCCUGAAGUGGAUUCGAUACCGACACCAGGGAAGGAGAAAGCAGAGGAACAAAGAAGAGGGAGAGUGAAGCUAAAGAAGUUUCCUUUGAGCAUUUGCAACUCUACCGAUCAAGAAAACGGUAUCUCCUGCAUGUCUCCAGAAUGUGUGAAGCAAAACAAAGCCGUACGGUCAUAGUGAGUUUUGUAUGCAGAAGAAAAGACUUUUUUUUUUUUAAUUCAAGUUUUGCCAUUUUCAGUAGAAGAGAAGAAUCACAUUUGUUGUUUAUUCAUAUAUGAAUUGUAUUUGCAAUUACGGUGUUGUAGAAUAAGGUUUGGUGGUAUUUUGGAUUCAUAGACGAAGGACGAAUGUAAUGAAGUUGAUGUACUUUUUUUCUUUGUUGAAUAUUAUUCUUUACGUUUCAAAUGAAA